AUGUUCAAGCCAUUACGAGGACAAUCGGUCUUUUCGGACACUACCGACACUAUUUGCAUUGGUAGCGGUCGCUUCCUGAGAUCCGUGCUGAUACCAACGCUUCAAGCUGCCGGUAGUGGUGUUAUCAUAGCUCAAACACGAGGAUUGAACUUUGCAUUAGUCUGUGCAAAGGAUGAGGGCAAGUACGAGGUGGACACGAUCCAAAAGGACGGCAGUGUGCAGACUCAAGUCAUUCAGGUGGAAGCUGUCGGUUCCUUGGGAGAUGCUCAAGGACGCAGAGCUUUUAUGGAAUUGCCAUCCAAGUUGUUAAAGCUGAAGAUUAUUGGUUUUGGGGUAACAGAGAGUGGGAUUGUUAAAGGAGGACAAGCUAUUGUGGACCUCACGGAAUUGCUUUAUAAGAGUUUCCAGGCUAAUUCCAAUCAUGUCAUUUCGGUGAUCAAUACGGACAAUUUGCCCAAGAAUGGAGAGAUUAUCAAGAAGUUGGUACUGGAGACGGAAUGGAACGAUCAACCAAGUGAUCUUGCUCCGUUUCGAGCAUACGUAACGUCAAAGGUGCAUUUCCACAAUACAAUGGUAGACCGUCUGACGUCUCAUCGAGCUGGUGACUCAUUGGUGCCAUUGACGGAACCGUGGCCGACAAAGACACUGGUGAUUCAAGAUAUUCAGGGUGUUUUGGAUGCUGAAGUGUUGAGUACUCUGCCGGGUGUGCACAUCCGUACGACUGCUGAUCAGUUGGAGCAAGACCACCUGAUUAAGCUCAGUAUCGCUAAUGCUGUACACACGGCGAUAGUGUACCUGCUUGCCCUGACGCGUGUGAAGACAACAUGUGAAGUUUUGAAGUAUCCUGAGAUCCGGCAGUUUCUGAAUCUGCUGUACGUCAACGACAUCGCCCCGUCGCUUUUGUCGCGUGGUGUCAGCAAAGAGCAAGCUCAGCACGCGUAUGAUGAGUGGAUGGGUCGCGUGGAGCACAAGCAUUUCGGGUUGGACAACUUCUGGGCUGGGCAGAAUGCCAUGCUAAAGUUCGGUGUCAGACUAUUCAGUUCCGUAAAGGCCAAUGUGGCUAUGGACGAGAUGUACCGCCCAAGCGUGUUCAUGGCGUUUGCUACUGCUAUAAUUCUACGAUACCUGACCCCGACGCAAGAGGACUUUAGAAAAGAGAAUGGUAGUGGCCCGGCAAUUUUCGUCGGUGCAAUGGACUCGAUUCAAGAUAGCACGCCCAUGUACUCCACGACUGAGAAAACUUGGGUGUACGCAAACGGGCUGAGCGCUAACGUUUCAACAGGUAAGUACGAGUUCUUAGACGGUGAGAAAGGUGAUACAGCCAGAAUUCUUUGGCGUGCGAGUCAACAGGUGCUUCGUGCAAGCAAGAGCAGUAGUCACGACUUUCCCAAGUCUGCGCGCGCCGAGUCUUCCCCUGAGGUUUCCAGCGGCGUCGGCGUCGCUGUUGCCAGUAUACUCAGCUCAGUCGAGGGCUUCGACCUCACGAACGACGCAUACGCUUCGUUUGCAGCUGACGUCGCAGCUCUGUACCAGCGUCUCGUGUCCGGCAAGCAGACGGCUCUUGAGACCCUCGACGACGUGCUGCGCAACCACCACACCAGCGAGUAUCUCGCUACCAAGGAGAAGGUCGUGACGUUCGUUCGUCAAGCCGUAGCCAGCGUCCAGAUCAUCGAUGUGCAUACGCACCUGUUCCCUCCGAGCCACGGCAAGCUCAUGCUGUGGGGCAUCAACGAGCUGCUCACCUAUCACUAUCUCGUGGCCGAGUUCUUGCAGACGGCGUCCGUGCAAGUAGAAGAGCUCAACUCAUACUCGAAAGAAAAGCAGGCCAGUCUCAUCUGGAAGCACCUGUUUAUCGACCGGUCUCCGGUGUCCGAAGCUUGUCGUGGUGUGUUGACGACACUACACUUGCUAGGCCUUGAUAAUCUCGUGGCGAAGCGUGACCUGCCUGCUAUCCAGGAAUGGUUCAAGCAGCAAGACGCCGAGGAGUACGUGGAUACGGUGUUCCGGCUGUCGGGUCUCAAGUAUGCGGUGAUGACCAACAUCCCGUUCGAGCCGGAGGAGGCUCGCCACUGGCUGGGCGAUCCAGCCACCAACACGCCUCCGCCUGCGUGGUCGCGCAAGUUCUUCCGCUCGGCGCUACGUGUGGACCAGGUUCUUCUUGGCGACUGGGUAUCCAUCGGUCCGACGCUGGACGUGUUCAAGCUACCACACACACUAGAAGGUGUACGCACGCUUCUGGAGAAAUGGAUCGACAUCAUGAAGCCCGAGUACUUCAUGUCGAGCGUGCCCAUUUCCUUCGAGUACCCGGAUGAGAACGCGUUUGGGUCUGGUACGAAUGAACCGCCGACAGGUGCGGAGCUGCUGCUGCAAGUGUUGCUGCCUCUGGCGGAAGAGAAGAAGCUGCCGAUCGCGCUCAAGUUUGACAGUGUGCGUCCUAUUAACGCUCGUUAUGGUGUAGCGGGUGACGGUGUAAAGCCCAGCAACGUGGACACGUUGAUCAAACUGUGCCGCAACUUUCCCAAAGUGAAGUUCUUGGCCACGUUCCUCUCGCGCGUGAACCAGCACGAGGUGACGGUGACGGCCAACAAGUUUGGCAAUUUGCACCUGUACGGCUGCUGGUGGUACUGCAACAACCCAUCGAUCAUCGAAGAGCUCACGCGAAUGCGUAUUGAGAUCCUCGGUACGGCGUUCACGAGCCAGCACUCGGACGCACGUGUACUGGACCAGCUCAUUUACAAAUGGAGCCAUGCACGCGAGGUGAUUGGUGAGGUGCUGGUGGACAUGUACAAGAAGCUGUUUGCAACAGGUUGGAAAGUGUCCAAGAGCGACAUUCAGCGUGACGUACAGAGAUUGUUUGGUCAGAGCUAUGAGGAGUUUAUGGAGAAGGACAUGUGA